UUCCUCGCGAGGUCCAAGGCAAAGGCGUCUCAGGGAGCAGCCACUGGUUGCUCUCUCCCUCAGGUCGGCGCCUGCAUUUCUUCGGGAUUUCCUGGUCGAGAUCCACCCAAGAAGCAACAGAAGUGGAGAGGAGAGGAGAGACUAGCAAUGGAGGCAACGGUGCUGAGCGUGGGCAAGUCCGUGGUGAGCGGAGCUGUUAGCUACGCCCAAUCCGCCGUCGCAAAGGAGGUGGCGCUGCAGCUGGGAGUGCAGCGCGACCAGGCCUUCAUCAGGGACGAGCUCGAGAUGAUGCAGUCCUUCCUGAUGGCUGCACAGGAUGAGCGAGACAACAACAAGGUGGUCAAGACCUGGGUCAAGCAGGUCCGCGACCUGGGCUACGAUGUGGAGGACUGCCUCCAGGACUUUGUCGUUCGCUUCGAGAAGUCGCCCAGCUGGUGGCGGAUCCUGAGCACGCUGCUUGACCGGCGCCAUGUGGCCAUGGAGAUGAAGGACCUCCGAGCCAAGGUCGAGGAUGUCAGCCAGAGGAACCUGCGGUACCACCUCAUCAGGGGGACAGCUGCUGGUUCGAAGUCCGUGGCCACCACUGUUGAGCAGUACUCUGCAGGAAGCAAGGCCAGUGCUACAAUGUUUGGUGUUGACGAAGCGAGGCGUGCCGUGAAGCCGAGGGUACAUCUUGCCCAGCUCAUCAACAAAGAGCAGGGCAAGGAUCUUAGAGUGAUUGUGGUGUGGGGAACAUGUGGUGUUCUUGGGAAGGCAUCUGUCAUAAGGCAGGCGUAUGAUGAUUCGGAUAACUUCGAAUGUCGUGCCUGGAUUAACCUUACACAUCCUUUCGACCCAAUUGUGUUCAUGCAAAGCAUUAUGAGGCAGUUCUAUGGAUAUUCUUCUUCUCUUUCAGAAUUAGCAACUGAGGGACGAAGUUGUAGAGAAAGAGCAAGCGCUAUAGGGGCUGAAGUUCUCAAGAAGAUGCUGCUGAUGAAGCAAGAAGAUUUGGUUGACGAGUUCAAUGAGCAUGUGAAUAAUAAGAUUUACCUGAUUGUUCUUGACGACCUGUGUAGCAUACAAGAUUGGGACUGGGUUAGAACGUACUUUCCUUCCAACAGUAAUGGUAACCGGAUCAUUGUGGCCACACAAGAAGUUGAAGUUGCAAGCUUAUGCAUCGGCCGGAACUGCCAAGUCUCAGAGCUUAAGCAAGUAUCCGAUGAUCAAACUCUCUAUGUUUUCUACCUCAAGAGCCCUCAAGGUGGAGGAAAUUUAAUGGAGCCAGAGUCCAGCUCAAACGCGACCGCCAGUGUCACCAAUAAUAGAACAAACUCUUCGCUGCCCACCUGUGAGAUACCAGCUGGUGAUCAAGCUAAAGAUGACACCGGUGGACAUAAUGCCAUCAAAAGGAGCCUCAGCCACAUUAUGUCGACGACGGCUAUUCUGGAGGGAUCUGAAGUUGUUGGAAGGGAGAGAGAAAAAUCUCACAUCCUCAAACUAAUUGCGGAUCCAGAAAACAAAGUUCAGGUUAUCUCUGUGUGGGGAAUGGGUGGUCUCGGGAAAACUGCUCUAGUCAAAGAUAUCUAUGAAAGCCGAGAACUCAGUGGCGUAUUUAACAAGCAUGCUUUUCUCAGUAUCAUGAGCCCUUUCUGUUAUGAGGUACUCCUUUGGAGUUUAGCUAUCCAACUAGGGGUGGCAGAAACUAGUGGUGGCACGGUGUACUCAUCGCGCAGAGAGGUUGAAGGACUGAAGUAUGAUCUGGCAAAUUUUCUGAGAGAAAAGAGGUGCUUGAUUGUUCUCGACGACUUGUCAUCUACCACAGAAUGGGACAUGAUAAUGCAAAUUUUUCAUCAUUAUGAAAAUGGAAGUCAAAUCAUUGUCACCACAAGAGAAGAAAGUAUUGCUAAUUAUUGUUCAAGACAUCAAGAAAAUGUAUACAAGCUCAGAGGUCUAGAUAAGAAGCAUGCACUUGUCUUCUUCACCAAAAAGGUAUUCAAGGAAAAUGAAUGUUCGUACCGGCAGUAUCCUGAGUUGGUUGAACAAGCAGAACAAAUCUUGAAGAAGUGCAAUGGUCUUCCUCUUGCAAUAAUCGCCAUAGCUGGCUUCUUGGCAAACCAACCAAAAACUGUCACGGAGUGGAGAAAACUGAAUGAGAGUCUCAGUAGUGAGUUGGAGGUGAAUGCAGAGCUUGACACCAUAAGAACAGUCCUUCUCAAAAGCUAUGAUGGUUUACCCUAUCAUCUCAAGGCGUGUUUCUUGUAUCUGGCAAUCUUUCCUGCAAACUACAAGAUUAGUCUAACACGUUUGUUGCGGCGGUGGAUCGCAGAGGGCUACUCAACAGAGGUGCGCGGCAAGUCUUCCUAUGAAAUAGCAGAAAGCUACUUCAUGGACCUCAUAAGCAGGAGCAUGAUCCUGCCAUCUUGGCGAUCAAGUCAUAGUAGAAAAGAAAUGGACUCUUGCCAACUCUAUGAUAUCAUCCGUGAAGUAGUCAUCUCGAAGUCCAUGGAGGAAAAUCUUGUUUUCAGAUUGGAGGCAGGUUGCGGCUUAAACAGCCCCGUCACAACACGUCACCUCUCUGUAAGCAACGACUGGAACGGAGAUGAAAGUGAAUUUGAGGGUACAGUUGACCUGUCUCGUGUCAGAUCCCUAACGAUUUUUGGUAAGUGGAGGCCAUUCUUCAUUUCUGACAAGAUGAGGUUGCUGAGGGUGCUGGACCUGGAAAACACUACAGGUCUGGUUGAUCAUCAUCUCAAGCACGUUGGGAAGCUUUUCCACUUGAGAUACCUUUCCCUGAGAGGUUGUCAUGGAAUUUAUCACUUGCCAGGUUCUUUGGGUAACCUGAGGCAGCUCCAAACACUAGAUGUCAUGGGUACAAACAUAAUCAAGCUGCCAAAGACCAUCAUCAAGCUCAGAAAGCUACAACACGUUCGUGCCAGGGGUGUCGGGAGCAACGAUGAAUGUGUCUAUGAAGAAUAUCCAGAUGGGUUGCCGAAGCUGAUGAGGAAUAAGCUAUGCAUCCUGACAUCCUCCACGGUGGGGUUCUGCGUGGCAUGCUGUGCGCCACAGCUCCUGAAGGAUUGCAUGGACAUUGACGGGGACACAAACAGGCGCGACGUCUGCACCGUGUGCUGCUGCUCCUAUAUGCCGAUGUUGAUGACACGUCGGAGCCCACGCGGUGUUGCGGUGCCCAGAGGAAUCUACAGGCUCAAAGCCCUGCACACGUUGGCUCUCGUGAACAUCUCAAGGGGGAAGGCCGCUCUGCGAGAGGUAGAGAAGCUCACCGGUCUGCGCAAGUUGGGUGUGACUGGCAUUGACAAGAGCAACGCCAGAGAGCUAUGUUCGGCCAUGGCUAGCCUCAGCUGUCUACAGACACUGCUGGUGCAGUCGGAGGGUAAGCCGGGUUUAUCUGGCUGCUUGGAUGGCCUGUCCUCACCUCCUGCAAACCUCGAAAGCCUGAAGCUGUAUGGCAACCUGGUCAAAUUGCCGGCAUGGUUCGACGGCGGGCUAAAAAAUCUUGCCAAGCUCAAGCUGCGGAGUUCCAGGAUAGAGGACCAUGAUGCCACCAUACAAGUCCUUGGGAGUCUACCGAACCUAGCCAUCCUGCGUCUAUGGAAAGAGUCAUUCACGGGUGAAGAGGUUCAUCUUCAUUUCGAACAGGGCGCAUUCCAGACCCUAAUACUGCUUGAGCUGAGUUCCCCAGGUAAGCUCAAAUCUGUGGUGUUUGAAGAUGGAGCAACACCUAAGCUUGAGCUGCUGCAGUAUUCCGAUCAGCGUAAUGAAGACGUCGUUUGGGAAGAAAAUGAUGACAAUCAGUCUGAAGAAUCAUCCAGAGUUGGGUUGUUUUCUGGCCUAGCUUCUCUGGGAAACCUCAAGGAAUUUCUGUUCAAGGCUGGCAACUACAAGGGUGACUUUGUGAGAAACUUGCGAUCCCAGCUUGAGUCGAACCCGAGACGGCCUCUUCUUAAGAUGGAGUGAGCUGCGCUCCAAAACCAACUAUUGUCACUUCUGCAUGUAUCAUUUGUUGUCUCUGCUGUUGUUCGCUUGUUUUGAAUUCCUAUGUACCAGUAUUGAGGUCAUGUCAGCUGACCAGUAUUCAUGUCGACCUCUGCCACUGAAAUGUUUUUGAGUUAUUUGACUUGUUUGUAAAAGAACUACUUAACUCCUCCCAAUUAUUUGCCAA